AUGCGCGACACACCUUCCAAAUUCAUCGAGAUCCUGGAUCCCAAGGACUUGCAUCUCCAUCGAUCCGACUCGGAUGUCCGGCUUGAGGAUGUUCUUGCCGAUCACGAGGCGACCAUCAAUCGUCCACGAUCCUCGACCCAAUCGACCGCCAAACCAGACAAGACCUACCUGGCCCGAGCCAAUUCUACAUCUCCCACGCAGAGAUGGAAGCGCCUCAGCAAUAUGCUGGCUCAGCCCCGACGCUCUUCCUGA